AUGGCAGCUAUGAUCAAUUCCAAAACCAUUGCAAUCGUGCUGACCACCGCUUUUGGAGCAGGUGUUUCUGAUUUGGAGGAAGCAGAGGCGCUCCUCGACUUUGCCAAGCGUUUUGAGAUCAUUCGAAAGGCCGAAAUUUCGAGUCUAAGCCUCUCAGAGGUGGACUUUGCGGAUGAGGAGUCAAUUGCAGCUGGCCUCCCCAAGAGAGGAGCAAGAGUCGUGGUGGCUUUGGGAGACACUGUUGGAAGACAGCGUGUCGAUGCCAGGGUGGCCCUACGGAUCCUGGAAGCAGCCAAAGUGGUCGACGCUGCACAAUUUGUGCUGGUGUCACCCUCUGGAGGCGGCGGCGGGGCCGGCUUCCUUGGUGGCCUCUUUGGCGGUGGUGCCCCAAACUCCUCCAAAGAUGUGGUGAACAGUGGGAUCUCCUGCGUGGUCCUGAGGGUGGGCAAGACAGAAGGAGUGGAUGAGAUAUUGGCCAGCGAGUCAUCUGUGGUGGUUGGAGCUCAGCAGUCGCUCCCGCCUGGCUCCGUCAUCACAAAGGGCCAGGCAACUUCAGUUGCCCAAGUUGUGGCCCAGGUGUUGAGGCAGGCUCAGGAUGAUGUGGCGGUGGAGGCAUGGGCAGACAAGAAUGCCGAGCCCAGGGAUCUGGCAUCUCUUGUUGCCGAGGUGCUUCCAAGUGCAAUUAUUCAGGACGCGGGAGGAGCUGCUGAGGAGCCAGAGGUAGCUCCUGCAGAAGAAGAGGAAGAGAGCGAAGAUGCAGCGCCGUUCAAGCUGCCGUUCAGUUUUGGCGGCCAGGGCACGCAGCGGGUGAAGGCACAGGCCGCAGCAGCGCCCAUCCGGCCGCCGGCACAGGGCACUGCGCGCAUCAAAGCAGCCGUGCAGGAGGAGGCUCAGAAGGGGACUCGGAGAGUGGGCGGCUUCUUUGGCAGGGCUAAGGAGGCAGUGGAGGAGGCAGCUGAGGAGGAGCAGCCCCAGAAAAAGGCAUCCCCAUUUGCAAAUCUGCUGGGUGGAGGCACCCAGAAGGUGGCAGCCAAGGCGGAGGCAGCUGCACAGAAGGCGGAGGCGGCUGCCGGGAAGCAGGCCAAGCAGACGGCGGCUGCGGUGAGCCGGGGCGGCAAGCGCGCGGCGGCCGCCGCCGAGGCCCCCGCAAAGCAGAGCAGGGGCCUGUUCGGUGGUGGCAAGGCUGCAGCUCCUGUUGAGCAAGAAGCAGAGGCCGACUCCAACCCAUUUGCACGCCUGCUUGGAGGCGGCAAGAAGGCAGCACAGGAGGCGCAGCAGGCUGCAAGCAAGGCACCUGCCAAGGCCCAGCAGGGAGCCAGAAAGGCAGCCGGACGCGCCAAAGCCGCUGCGGCCAAGGCGGCUCCCUCAACUUCGGAGCAGCCUGCCUCAAAGAAGAAGGGCGGAUUCUUGCAGUCCCUUGGCAUUGGGCAGGAGACGUUCUACUCUGAGGACUGA